AUGGAGGAUGAGAAGAUGGAGUGGUCGAGUCAACGUCGCUCCAAGGAGGCUGUCGAUGUCUAUGGUGCAUGGUUUGAUCCAAACAUACGCCACGACAAGCGCUUCGAAGAUAAUGCCGGGAGGUGCAAACACCAGGACCUCUUGGACGAAGCCAUCAUCGAAUGGACCCGGAGCAAGUCUGCUGCGGAAGUUCAGGCCGCGUGCAAAGAGGCGGCUGUUCCCUGCGGUCCCAUCUUCUCAAUCAAGGACAUCAUGGAGGACGAGCAUUUCCGUGCUCGUGGCUGCUUCGAGGAUGUCCACCUGCCGGAUGGGCGGGCGGUCAAGGUGCCUGCGAUUGGGCCCAAGCUAUCUGCCACACCUGGCAACACUUCAUCGGGUGGCCCUCGAUUGGGGCAGCACACCACAGAGGUGCUUCGUGAGAAGCUUCGGCUAAGUGACGAUGAGCUGAGCACCUUGCGCAGCGCGGGCGUCAUUGCUGGAUCCUAG